CCACCUGUAGCAGACCAGAGGAGACAGCGCCUGAAGUGAACCGUUAUACACUGUUACGCCCGCCGGACACGAACUUCAUAACCGGCUAACCACCUCUCUGAAGAGCGGCUUUACAAACUGUCAGAACAACUUAAAGAUGUUUCUCAUUUGUCUGCUUGCUGUGUUUCUCUUUGGUUCUGCAGCCAAAGGAGUAGCAACUGAAUCUGUUACAUCUAAUUUCACAACCAGUGGAGAAAUGAACAAUGGGACUUCAACAGCUUUUCCAGCAUCACUCUUGACUACUGCCACAAACUCAAAUCCAAGCAGUGCCCUCACAGACAGCGGCUUGACAACUGCUUCAGAAGUGACAAGAGCAACAGAAAGUACUACUCGAGAAUUCACAACUGUGCACACAACUCUCACCAAUGCAGAGACAUUUAAUGUGAGCUCUCAGUCCACGAUCACUACUAAUGCUACGGUUACUAAGAAUGGUACUGUGACCACUGGCAGCCCAGCUCCCUCUCCAUCACCUCCAACCACUGACGCAAUCAUGUCGACUGCAAGGCCAGGGACGAGCAAUUCUACCAGCGAUAGCGAGACUACAAAUACAACCACCGUUCCGGUUCCAGCCACGAAUCAAACAAUGAGCACAAGUACAUUGAUCGCACACACAACCACCAACAUAUCUCUAAGUACACCACACUCCACCAAUGGCACAACUGGAAGUACAUCAAUCACACAGACUAACAAUGACACCACUAGUAGCACAGCAGUUACAGACACUGGGAACGGCACAACGAUGACACAUUCAACCACCUACACAACUCAUAGUACACCGUACACCAACAAUGACACAUCCGCGAGCACAACAGUGACACACAUUGCCAAUGACACAUCUACAAGUGCACCAGUGACAAACUCAACCUCUCACACAAAUGUAAGUACACCUGUGACCCAGACUAACAACGACACCACUGUUAGCACACCAAUGACCAACACCAGGAAUGACACAACUACAGUUAUGCCAAUCACAAACUCAACUACCCACACAAUUGCAAGUACACCAGUCACCCAGACUAACAACGACACCACUGUUAGCACACCAAUUACAAACACCAGUAAUAACACAUCUACAAGUGCACCAGUGACAAACUCAACCUCUCACACAAUUGCAAGUACACCUGUGACCCAGACUAACAAUGACACCACUGUUAGCACACCAAUUACCAACACCAGUAAUGACACAACUACAGUUAUGCCAAUCACAAACACAACCAUCAACAUAACUGCAAGUACACCAGUCACCCAGACUAACAACGACACCACUGCCAGUACACCAUUUACACACACAAGCAACAGCACGGCUAUGGUUACAUCUCCCACAAGCAACCAUUCAACUAGCAUUACUCCAGUCACACCCACAAGCAACAACACAACUUUUAUUACAGCAACUACACCACUAAGCAACAUCACAACUUCAACUACUGAAGAAACCAGCAACAGCACAGCAAUUACCACAACACUCACCUCAGUAAGCUCUACAGCUGUGUUAACUCCAACUACUCAACCAAACACUACUACCACCUCUCCUAAGACUGCUGCAUCUACUACCGCACCCUUGUCCUCAACUGCUGCCAUAAACACAACACUCACAGCUGGACCCUCACCCUCUUCACCCAACACCAUCUCCAACUCCAGCUCUUUCCCUCCAAGCACCUCCCCAGGCAAUAGCACCGUACCCCCCAGUGGAAAUGCCACCACCCUUAGUCCCUCAACAGCAAGCUCAGGAGUGACAAAUCACACUGCAGUAACCGCAACUACAACUCUUUCAACUGAAGCUAGUGGCAUUACAACUGCCAUUCCAACAACCAUCUCUAACAUCACAACCACCACCCUGCAACCAACACAGAUCACUACCAGCAACCAAACCACUCCAGCUCCACCCACCACCACCACGCAGAGUCCAGUCAUAGUGUGUCCAGCUGUCCCAUGUCCACUUGAAAGCGUCUGUCUUAAUGGCACUUGCCAGUGUCUCUCUGGUAGCUACCUGCUGAAUGGACGUUGUGUACCUGCCCAUGUGUUCCCAGGGAGGCUUCAUCUUACCAACUUGAAAUUUGAAAAUGAAAUGUACAACAGGUCCUCAAAGAUAUUCCAGAUGACAGCUGCUAAUAUUUCAGCAACACUUAGCAAUAUCCUCAAGAACCAGCCAGGGUAUAUCCGAUCUGAUGUUGUGCAACUUGAACCAGGAAGCGUGCAAGCAACUGUAAAUAAUGUGUUUAGUGGCACCACUGAAACUCAAGCUACCGUUGAUAAGGCCAUAAAUGAAGCUAUAAAAACUUCCACUGGAAUUCUGGCUCAAGCUACAUAUACAGGUACAAACCUGUGUGAGCAGAAUCCAUUACCUUGUGAAGUUUCCUCUGCAGUAUGCACAAAUGCAAAUGGCCAGGCUACAUGUGCCUGCAAAGACGGCUACAUCUCCAAUGUGUACUCAAACACUAGUUGCAAAGCGUGUCCAAGCGGACAGAGGGCAGUGGGAGCAGCGUGUGAAGCAUGUCCCUUUGGGUAUGCUGGAUUCAACUGCAGUGACUCGGCCCUGCUGGCAGUGGUGAUCAUUUCCUGUGUACUAGGAGGAAUUCUACUCAUUCUUAUCCUGGCUUUGCUCAUAUACUGCUGCUGGAGGCUGUGCUCAAAUAGAAAGCAAGACAUUAGCAGCAGCCCUUACUCAACAGAAGACUUAAACCAGCCCUGGCCUACUGGCAUCAUGCCCAUCCCCCGUGCCAACAGUAAAUGGGAUGGAGCUCCUUCUAUAGAGAUGACAGAAGGGGGCAGCAGUAAUGCCCUGGUGGACAAAAGGCAUCAAAGCAAUGGAAUGACGGGAUCGUACGAUCUCAACCCAGAAGGAAUGAUGACCUUCAAAGGUAAAAAUACAUCUCGUUACUCGUAUCUGGUUCAAGGCCAUGAAAAUCCUUACUUCUUACCUGGAGACGAGAAGAAAAACUGAAACUAAAACACUAAAACCUUCAAAUGAGCGAGGAAGACGGGAUCAAAAAGAAGUAACUGGUUUGAAACUCUGGGACUACAGAUACAUAUCCUGAGAAGAGUUAUUUAUAAAGAUACUUUACCCUCUGAGCUUAUUUGCAUUAAUGAUGAAUCACAAAGGACAUUUAAAAAAAAAAAAUCUUGAAAAUUACCAAAGAGAUUCAUUUGUGUGCAUCAUGUCUGCUCUUAAUGGUUACAACCAGUGGAUGUCGCUGUUGCUCAUUACAUUCAUAUAUAGUAUAAUAGUUUGUUUGUUUUUUAACAACAGAGCUGACUUUUAAUCCUUUUUUUAUGCUUUGAUGAAUUCAAAUAGAAUUUUAAAAAUGAAGCAUCUUAUUUUGCUAAUUGCACUAAAGUAUAUAAUAUGUUUACUAUUAGUUUUUAUAUAAAUCAGAGGUAAAUUGAAUGUUGGUUCUUAUGGGGUACCUGCUAUUUUUCCUAAAAGGAUGUGAUCUUUUUUGUAUUAAGCAAAUCAUGAAUGACUAAAGGGGCUGGAUCCCUGUUUGGGAGUAUUUAAAGGGAUUUAUGUUGUAGCAGUCUGUAUCUGUUGAAGCUACACUUGCAAAAUGUGCCUGUUUAAGAGUCUGUUUGAUGAAUAGGAAACAUUGUGCUAAGCUGGUAAAAAAAAAGAAAAAAAAAAAGAAGCCUGUCUGCUUUUUUUGGAUGUGCCAAAAAUCAUUUGUAAACAUUGUUUUGAGGAUUCUGUAUAAAUUAUAUAUUUAUCUUUGUGCUUCUGAGAGAAUGGACUGUUUUAUAAGUGUGUGUUUUUGUAAAGAAAAAGACUGUGCACACAUCCAGCAGAAAUAAAUUAAUUUAAAGAGGCAUGCACUUGGUUUUCAUCAUUCACAUAUGUAAGUCAGUGUAACUGUAGAUUUUUUGUAAAAUUAUAAAUAUAUGUAACCAAAACAAAGAAUUACAACCAUUACCAACUUGGAAUAUAGAGCUACAAGAAUAUUAUGGCUGCAUGCAGCUUGCACUAAACUCCCACUACAAGCUCACAUUGUCCAGUCCAGUAACUGUUAAAUAUUAUUUUAAACCAGGUGUUUUGUGCACAGUGGAAUUAAAAAAAUGUGGGUUAUAUUAAAUGACUGUAGGUUGUAGUCGAUUAACAAUAAGUAGCUGUUUUUGUUCAAGAGGACUUCAGUCUUUGGGACCUAACUGCAUCCAUUAGUAACUUUUUCCACAUGUCACAUGUAAUGCUUUCUUUUCUUUAUUGUAAAAAAAAAAAGAAAAAAAAGAAGAAGCUUUGUGGUAAUUUCUGUUUUGUUUUCACGCAUUUGUCAAAUGUGCAACCUCUGGUGUUGAGAAAGAAUAGCUCCGCACUUUAAUAAUCUCAACCAAGAACUUCCCUCAAGGCAUUCCUAAGAAAUCAUGUUCAACAGGAAGGCACAGACAAACAGACGACCUAAAAAACAUGUUGCCUCCAGUCAUAGUUGUUGUUGCUACUGAGGCAUGAGAAUGAGUAAUUUACAACAGAUAUAUCAGCGUGGCCUUAUAAUGAGGAAAUAAAACAAAUAUAGUGAC